AUUUUAGUUAAGACAUGUAUUUAUUUUUUUACACUUUCUGAUCAGCUGAGGGCCGGAGGUAACAGAAGAUCUGGCUUAACCGCUCCUGCUCCCUCUCUCGCCUGCUAUUUUCCCCUCUCUCUCUCUCUCUCUCUCUCUCUCUCUCUCUCAUCGAGCAGCAUCGGAUUCUUGGCUUGCAAUUUCCGAAUUCUGUAACGGGUUGUUUUAUUGAAUUAUUGCGGAAUAUUUGCUUCAAGGAGCGCAUUCAAUCCGCCGAUUUUUCUUCCUGUGAUAUUCUUGCUAAUCAUUUCAGUCUACUCUUUCCUCUCACCACUUGAAACAGUCAUUGCGUUCUGUUUUCCGGGUUUUCUUGCGCUUCUUGUUCUUGUUGGUGUCGCCAAUGGCGUUUGUUUUCCUCCUCGGCUUUCUUUUUGGGGUACUGGCAAUUGUCGCCGUCGAAGCUCUGGGCCUCCUUGUUCUAAUAGAUCGACUGAAACGAAAAACCAUAGCGGUGGGUGCAUCACUGGGACUGUCUGAAGUCUGCCGUGACCUUGAUUCCCAACAGUCCCUCGAUUUUGCUUAUCGCAAGCAGGGUGUCGUUUGGGUUUUAGAAGAAGACAAAAUACCUAUAGAGCAAAAGAGAAAAAAGGAGACACUGGAGGUUUUCCCUGUGCGAAAGUAUGCAAAGAUCAAGGACCGCUCACUUGUUAUGACGAAUCUAGAUGGUUCCUGUGUAGCAAUUCCAUUAAAAGGUUGUGUUGUUGCAGCUGUAUCAGCUUCAAGCUUGUCCUCAAGAAAAUGGGCCAAAAGGUUUCCCAUUAAAUUGGAAAACAAGACAUCAGUAAUACAUAAUGGAAGUAAAAUUUUUUACAUUUAUCUCGAUACUUCUUGGGAGAAGGAGUCAUGGUGUAAAGCUCUUCGCCUUGCUUCCUUUGAUGACAAAGAAAGGAUUGACUGGUUUUUCAAGUUGAGUGAAGAGUUCCGCAGUUAUCUAACAUCCUUAAAUGCAGGAUAUCCUUCUUUCAUGAAACCCUUUAUGGGUUUCUAUAAUGAACCUGUAGACAGGGUAAAUAGACCUGAUGGUCCUUCAUCAAAGGUCCGCCUCUUUUGGAAAAAGCUUGCGAAAAAGGCCUCUAAAGCUGGUUCAGAAAAUAAGACAAGUUGGAAUUCUUUAUCAAGCCGUGAAGAGAGAAGGAUUAAUGACAAAGCUCAAUCAUUCCAUGAUUCAGUUUCAACUUCAGGAAUGGUAAAGACUGCUUUGUCAGAGAACAAUUCAGUGGAAGAAAGUAUGGUUCUACCAUCACCAUCAGCAUUUCCCCGCAUUUGUAGCCAGAGUCAUAUCUCUGAUAUAGACGCAGAUGAAAAAUUUGGUACUGAUGAGGGGACGCUCUGUUGCAAUUUGUUAAUUUCACGACUCUUUUUUGAUGCCAAAAGCAAUAUGAAGAUGAUUAAUUCUUUGCAAGCACGGAUUCAGAGAACAUUAUCCAACAUGAGGAUCCCUGGUUACAUAGGUGAUGUCAUUUGUACGGGCAUAAAUAUUGGGAAUAUUCCGCCAUACAUCCAUGGUAUGAGAGUUCUUCCUUCAGACAUGAAUGAGGUUUGGGCUCUGGAAAUUGACAUUGAGUAUUCUGGAGGAGCAGCAUUGGACAUCGAAACUAGACUGGAUGUUCAUGAAUUAGAUUUCCAGAAAGGCAUUGUUGAUACGAGCUUAGAAUCAACCUCUGUUGGGGAUGUUACUUCAGAUCUACUUGAAGGAUUUGAGUACUUUGGAAAGCAGUUAAAGCUUUCUGAAGGAUCACCUGAAGCACUAGAGCAGAAGGAUGAAGUUGAUCCUAAACUAGAUGGGAUUAGAAGCUCCAAGAGCACCUUGCCAUCAACCCAUGGAUCUCGGUGGAAGUCAAUUCUAAAUUCCAUCGCAAAGCAAGUUUCCCAGGUACCUCUCUCCUUGGCAAUAAAGGUAGCAUCACUUCGAGGAACUUUGCGGUUACAUAUAAAGCCGCCUCCAUCGGAUCAGUUAUGGGUUGGGUUCACAUCCAUGCCUGAUAUAGAGUUCAGCUUGGAGUCUUCUGUUGGGGAGCGCAAGAUUACUAACGGACACAUUGCUCUAUUCUUGGUUAAUAGGUUUAAGGCUGCAAUUCGGGACACACUUGUACUUCCAAAUUGUGAAAGCGUGUGCAUUCCAUGGAUGUUGGGGGAAAAGGAUGACUGGGUCGCACGGAAUGCAGCUCCUUUUAUGUGGGUUAAUCAAGAAGCUGUUAUUGAUCAAGCAACCACUCAUGAAGUACCUAGUAACCCACCCGAUCCAAAAUCAACAAGGAAUGAAUUUAGUAGGGGAACACCCUUUGAUCAAGCAGAAGUCAAGUGUGAAAAAUCAAAGAAAAUUGCACGUGAUCAACCAGAAGUCAUGAAUGAAAAGCCAAAGAACAUUCCAUGUGUUCAACUAGUCAGUGAGUCCUCAAAUGUAUCCACAGCUUCAUCAAGUCUAACCAAUCCGGUUACAUGGAGUGGCAAGUCUUCUUCAGAAUUAAGAACCCCUUUGUUGAGUGAUGAAUUUGGAGAGGCCUGCCAACAGGGCAGGGAGUGCCAAGAGUGUGAACGGUCAUCUGGUUCAGAUAUUUUGAUCGAGGGGCCAACUAUUUCUAUUGAAGAGGAUGAUGCAAAGCCAAAGAGAUUAGGUAGAAAAGCAAGGAUGCUUGAUUUAGGAAAGAAGAUGGGGGAGAAAUUUGAAGAAAAGAGGCGUAACAUAGAAGAGAAGGGCAGGCAUAUUGUCGAGAAGAUGCGAGGACCGGGAAGCAGCUAAAAGCAAUGAGCCUGCCGAUGAGCUCAAAUCAGUAAAAUAGCAGGACUGGAGAAAGGAGAAAGGAACAAAGAAAUUACACAAGGAUUGUAUCAUGCAGAUUUAUGGGGAUCUAUGAUUGUACUGAUAAUUUUAACUGAUGAUAGAAGUUCAUAAUGCACAAUAUAGGAAUAUAUACAUGAGGUUGAUCCCAAUUUUAUGAUGUAAACAAUUCUUUUAACAUGAAAAAUGAGUGUAUAUUCAUGCAA